AUGGAGCGUUGGGAGGUUUAUGCUAAAUUGACGUUCUCCCAAGUUUUCAUGAAGGAACAGGCGGAUCUGAAGUUCAUAUUCACGGAACUUGAUGACGGAGUUUUGGGAAGGGGAAGCAUUCCUAUGGAUGGCUCGGUGUCAUUCAGCGAGGAUUUUGAGUUUGAUUUUGGAAGUGAUACUUCCGUACUACAAGACAAGUAUGACUUUGAGUCCGUCGCCGUACAUGAGGUAGGCCAUGCCUCAGGCAUAGCUCACACGCCUCAAAUUGAAGGUACAGAAGUGGUCAGUGUCAUGCACCCAAAGUCCGCCCCACCAGGGGAACACGACGUAAUAUGUACCCUAUAG